AUGGCUGUUUGUGGCCAGCGUCUGUCCGUCAUGCAAAACCUAACACAGCCUCGCUCUCGUAUCAUUGGAGGGUCUCCUGCCCCUCUGGGCAGCUGGCCGUGGCUGGUGAACCUGCGGUUGGAUGGAGCUCUGAUGUGUGGAGGUGUGCUGGUGGACAGCUCUUGGGUCCUCACUGCUGCCCACUGCUUUGCUGGAAGCCGCAGUGAGAGUUACUGGACGGCUGUGGUAGGGGAGUUUGACCUCGCGAAAACCGACCCUGAUGAGCAGACCAUGAAAGUCAAUCGUAUCAUCACUCAUCCAAAGUUUAACCCAAAGACGUUUAACAACGACAUUGCUCUUGUUGAGCUCAGUUCUCCAGUUAUUCUGUCUGAACGGGUCAAACCUGUCUGUUUGCCUUCUCACCUCGAUCCACCAAUUGGUACAUCAUGUCUGGUAGCUGGCUGGGGCUCACUGUAUGAGGAUGGUCCCUCGGCAGAUGUGGUGAUGGAGGCAAAGGUGCCUCUGCUGUCUCAGACCACCUGUCGCAAUGCACUUGGGAAGGAGCUUCUCACUAACACCAUGUUUUGUGCUGGGUACCUGUCUGGAGGCAUAGACUCAUGUCAGGGUGAUUCAGGAGGACCGCUGAUCUUCCAGGACAGUUUAUCAGGACGUUUUCAGCUCUUGGGAAUCACCUCUUGGGGUGAUGGGUGUGGGGAGAAAGGAAAGCCUGGUGUGUAUACACGGGUCACUGCCUUUUCUGACUGGGUCACAACGGAGAUAGAGAAAUCCUUUGGGAGUCGGGAGCCCACAUGUCCUGAGCUGCUUAAGACAACUGACCUGUCUGAGGAGCAACAGAUGUCGGAGUUUGCCACCCUCUGCCACUUCUACACACUUAACUGCCCUUCAACCCUUGAUCCAUCUGACUGUCAGCGACUCGCUCAGGACAAAUGCCAAAGCCGAUUUAAGAAGUGCCAGUUACAUUCCUUCCUGCAGACUUUGUUGGACUUGCUUCAGAGAGCUGAUGACUAUAUAAGAGAUAAUGUCGACCUGACCUUCUUCACACAGACUCUUCCUCAGCUGGUGGAGAACGUCUACAGCUCUGCUCAUAUGACACGAAAACGCAGAGAUGCGCUUGAAACAGAGCAGGUAGGAUUGCCAGCACUAUUUGAGCGAGUGGGCCCUCUUGUGGAUGACUGGGAAAGCUACCUCAGAGACAUUGCUGAAGAUCUGGAUCAACAGAAGGAACAGCAAAACUUAGAUCAGCUAUCUGAAGAAGAGCAACUCUUCAUCCCGCAUGAAGACACUGAAAAAUCACCUGUUCAUCUGCUAGACAGAGCACUCCGCUCCUCCAUUGCUGCCCUGCGCUCCAAACUGGAUUCAAUGCGCAUUCCUGUCAUACCAGACUUGGAAUAUCAGCUGUUUCAGAGGAAUUUUACCAUUCCUACCACUAGAAAACCACAAGAGGAUAGCACCGCUUUUAUAUAUAAAGCUUUACAAUCGAACAACACAGGAAGUGUCACCGGAAGUCCUUUUAUGAUGGCAUCCCCUCGGGAUAACAUGGAUACAGCAUCCAGAUCUGUGAAACCCUCUCUCCAACCGCUAGAACUCAGAACCCAGGACUCUACUGAAUCACUUCUUAAAAAAAACUCUGUUCCUACCCAGAAUCCCCAGCUGCAACCGUCACUUUUCAAAAAGCACUUUCAGAGGAAGAGGAGAGACUUGCACAAGAGACGGAUACGAGGAGCAAAUAACAAAGUUUGCUCAGGAGUAACUGAAUCUGCUCAGCUGGUCAGCACUGCCAAACAGAUGUACAGCUGGAUCCUGGCUGUUCCCCCUAACAACCUAAACAUGAUCUUCCAAGAGGUGCUGGUUGAUCUGAGCUCUAAGAAUGACCAUGGUUUAUACCAGUCACGGAUCAAGGCCACUAUUGGUGGGCGACCUUUGACCUUCUACAGCCUGGUGGGUCUGGAGACAGAGGCAUUUUAUCGCAGCAUGCCACGUAUCAUUGCCGUAGCCAUUGAUGUUCUCAAAACUUAAAAACACUUAAUACUUGACCACUGUCUGGAUGCUGUAACACAUUGCUACAUCACAGACUCUGUUGUGACAUCACAGAGGGAUCACUUUUCAACAGCUCUGCCUCUCAGAAUGAGUCGUGCCGAACAGCUGACACUUUUCUGAAUGAAGGGUCACAGUUGGUCACCGCAAUCUAGGACUAUGUCCACCCUGACAUAACUUAUUAUGCAGGAACAGAGGUUGAUCCUCCAGUCUGACCUGCAAUCUGUACAGAUAUUAUAUACA